CACACGAAAUCCAACUGGCUCAAUUUGUUGCUUUUAUAACUACACAUGUUAUUAGCACACAACAAACAUUUCGGGAAUCAUGUUCGAAAGCAUAAGUUUCUUGUUCCUACUUGCCCUGGCCUUCGUUGCCUGGGUCCUGCUCUGCUUCCAGCAUGUAGUGCAGAUCCAACAACGUGGCUCCUCCGAUUUUCGAGUGGAACUCUACACUGAGCGUCCCGGGAUUACGUUUGAGCCGCAGAUGUGCCACAGUCCCACAGAAGAGAAUCCUUCUGGCAGCGCCUACGAAUUCGCCGCAAGCUUUGGGGUGAUCUUUGCCCUGACCUUUGUCAUUUCUAAGCUGCUCCAACUGGCGGAGGUGCAGGCCAAUAGCUACCUCAAGUGUUGCAACGUCCAGAAAACUACAUCAUCCGCCGAGGAUAUUCAACAACUGAACGAUUUGAAACCCAUUGAACCCAUGAUGGACCACAAUGAGGAGUUGAAGGAGCAACUUAAUAUGCUGCACUCCCAGUGCCUGGAAAUGCGUGAGCUGCUGCACGAGCUGCGAAUCAGCAGCAGUUCAAGUAGCUAUGGGAGUGCUCAACUCGCAAAUGAGACAUCUCAGGAUUCCAUAGUGGUGUGGCAUCAAUCGGACUUAAUGACCGACGGUACAUCGAACUCAAUGAGGGCCACUCGAUCGGACAGCUCCCAGAAUAUCUUCAUCACUAACAGCCACAUCCACAUCAAUGUGAACGUAGACCUCCGCCGACAGGCAUCGAGGUACUCCCGGAAGCAGAGCGAGUUCUACCAGGUGUUUGGCAAGUAUAUCACGGAACCCAAGGAGAACCCUAUGAUAACGGGCAUUCGAUGCAACAAUAUCCUCAUGUGAGGAGUGACCCAAAUCCUUCAUUAUACUCUUAAUAAACAUAUAUACAUAGUUCAUAUCAUAUAAA